AUGAUCCUCAUCAUCGGCGCCGGCAUGGCCGGCGUAACUCUCGCGCGCUUCUUAUCCAGCAGAAACAUCCCCUUCCGCAUCUUCGACCAGCAGGCUGAAUUCAAGAACCAAGGCUUCGGGCUCACCCUGCGCGCGGACACGACGCAGAAACUACUCCCCCUGCUGGGGCUCGAAGAGCAGGAGUUCGGGACCAGCGUCGCUGUAGACCGCAGGACGGGCAGGACAAACACCUUUCUUGCAGACGUCGAGACCGGUGCGCGCUUCGCGGCGGCGAGUUUCAAGGAGGGCGCGAGCGCGAGGGAUUGGCGGACGAAUCGGGAGAGGUUGAGGGGUGCAAUUUUGGGGGAUGUAGCGGGGAGGGUGGAGUAUGGGUGUAAGAUGGCGUCGUUUACACGCACAUCCUCUGGCGUCCGCGUGGUGUUCGAGAACGGGAUGGAUGUGGAGGGCACGGUGCUGGUCGCUGCGGAUGGCGUGCAUUCCUCGAUCCGCUCCAAGCUGCUGCCGCAGUGCGUGCCACAGGACUGGGACGGUGUUAUGUUGAACGGGACGUGUCGCUUUGGGGUGAAAGAGUGGAAUCAGAAGAUUGCGCCGCAUAUCGGGGAUGUGGCGGUGUAUCCAGGUUUUGCGGACCAGAAAGUGCUGGCGAUUACUAUUUACGACGCCGACUGGGAUCUCGUUGAGGGGUAUGUGGAUGUGUCGUGGGGGUAUUCAAGGCGGAGAAGGGUUGGGCACGACCCGCUGUUCGUGCGGUACGCGGACCGCAGCUUCGAUAAAGCAAAGGCGCCCGAGGCAUUCUGGGAUGAGAUUGCGGCGCUGCCGGCAGGUUUAGUGGAGCCUUUCCGUACGGUAUUUGAGGGGAUCAGGGAGAGAGGAGAUCGGACGAUUCAUCAUCAGCUGGUGAGCUUGCUGGUGCCGAAGGAGGAUCUGCUGGAGAAGCUUCAUUCUGAUAGGGUCGUGUUCAUUGGGGAUUCGGUGCAUGAUUGGAGUAACCAUGCGGGGACGGCCGCGAAUGCGGCAAUCCAGGACGCGUUGGCGCUGGGAGAGGUUCUGGACGGGAAGAAAGCGUUAGAGGCGUAUUAUGAGGAAAGGUAUCCGGCAUGGCUGGGAUCGUAUGACAAGAACGGAGAGGACUUUCAAGCGUUGCAUAGGCCGCUUAAGGAGUGGAAGGCAUUGUUGGAUCAUCAGAAGAUGGAUCGGGAGAAGGCGCAGAUGUACUUCCAUACUCAAGGUAUUGUAAGACGUAGGAUAAAGGAACACACAAUUUGUCCUGGAAGGUGUCUCACAUCACUGCACAGGUUCGAAAUCGCUUAUAUCAUUUUCAUUCUCAUUCCUUUUAAGGAGUAA